UUGCAAGAGCCUCUUUAAGCGCUGUGUAACAGAACCCCCCUGAAGAGUGUGCCGGUGUGCACGUGUUGGACGCGUGUUAGUCUUUCAACUUCAGCAUCAUGGCGGGAAAAGAAAUUGCCCUGUUGAGUGUGUCUAACAAGUCUGGCCUGGUGGAUUUUGCCCGUGGGCUGCAUGAGUUAGGUCUGCAGCUGGCGGCCUCUGGUGGGACUGCAAAGGCCAUCAGGGACUCAGGGGUACCUGUCAAGGAUGUGGCUGACAUCACAGGAGCUCCAGAGAUGCUGGGAGGGAGAGUCAAGACCCUCCAUCCUGCUGUACAUGGGGGUAUCUUGGCUCGUGCUUCGGACAGUGACCAAGCUGACUUGGACAAGCAGGGCAUUCAGCGCAUCAGGGUGGUUGCCUGUAACCUGUACCCGUUUGUGAACACUGUAACCAAGGAGGGGGUGACUGUGGCUGAGGCUGUGGAGAAUAUUGACAUUGGUGGCGUUACUUUACUGCGAGCUGCUGCCAAGAACCACGAGCGUGUGACUGUGGUGUGUGACCCGGCAGACUACCCGACCAUCCUGUCAGAGAUGGCACAGAGCGAGGUGUCUGACACCAUGCCUGCCACCAGGAAAACUCUCGCUGUCAAGGCAUUUAACCACACAGCGCUGUACGACGCAGCGAUCUCGGACUACUUCCGUCAGGAGUACUGCCAGGGCACGUCCCAGCUGCCCCUGCGCUACGGCAUGAACCCUCACCAGAAACCUGCACAGCUCUACACCACUGAGGAGCGGCUGCCUGUCAAAGUGAUGAACGGUUCUCCAGGAUUUAUCAACCUGUGUGACGCCCUGAACGCCUGGCAGCUGGUCAAGGAACUGCACCAAGCCCUGAACCUCCCGGCCGCUGCCUCCUUCAAACAUGUCAGUCCUGCAGGAGCGGCUGUAGGUGUGGAGCUGAGUGAAACCCAGGCCAAACUCUGCAUGGUGGAUGACAUGCACGCCCAGCUCACUCCACUGGCUACUGCCUACGCUCGCGCCAGAGGUGCUGAUCGCAUGUCAUCUUUUGGGGACUUCAUCGCUCUGUCAGACGAGUGUGACGUGCCGACAGCCAAAAUCAUUUCUCGUGAGGUGUCAGAUGGAGUGAUCGCCCCUGGUUACCAGGAGGAAGCUCUACAGAUCCUCAGGAAGAAGAAAGGGGGAAACUACUGUGUGCUGCAGAUGGACCCGACCUAUGACCCCCCAGAGCUGGAGACCAGGACGCUGUAUGGGCUGCAGAUGCAGCAGAAGAGGAACGAUGCUGUCAUCAACAAGGAACUCUUCUCUAACAUCGUCACCAAGAGGACGGAUCUGCCAGACAGUGCUGUACGAGAUCUGAUCGUGGCCUCUGUGGCGCUGAAAUACGCCCAGUCUAACUCUGUCUGCUACGCACGGGACGGACAGGUGAUUGGAAUUGGUGCUGGUCAGCAGUCCAGGAUCCAUUGCAUGAGGCUGGCUGGAGACAAGGCAAACAACUGGUGGCUCCGCCAGCACCCCAAGGUCCUGAACAUGACCUUUAAGAAGGGCGUGAAGCGUGCGGAGAUGUCUAACGUGAUUGAUGUGUACGUGAACGGGACGGUGGGACAGGACAUGGAGACCUCCGCCUGGGAGAGCAUGCUGGAGAAACCACCAGAGCAGCUGACUGAGAGUGAGCGUGCCCAGUGGAUCUCCCAGUUGAAGGGAGUGGCUCUCAGCUCGGAUGCCUUCUUCCCCUUCAGGGACAACAUCGACCGAGGACACCAGAGUGGUGUGGAGUACAUUGCCAGUCCUGUAGGGUCUGUGCAGGACCAGGUGGUGAUCGAGGCGUGUGAUGAACACUACAUCACCAUGGUCCACACUAACCUGCGCCUCUUCCACCACUAACUACGAGGGACCACAGUUACAGGAGCUGAGCUUUACUUAAAGAUGUACUGUAGAUGUUAGACAAGCUUUACUCAUGAUUUCUCAGCAUAUUAUGUACGGAAAAGUAAAUUCAAUUUGUUCCAAAGUGGAUGAUAAAGACAAGUAGUAUUUGUGUACGUUUGACAAUUAUGCAUAGGAGCUUUACGCUUACUAUGUACAUGUACUGAAAUUCCAAAGCAUAUUGUUUCAAAGGGGAUAUUAAAGACAUGAAGUUUAUGCUUACUUUUGACAAAUAUGUGUUAGAGGAGCUUUACUCAUGAUUUUUUUGGCAUAUUAUGUAUGGAAAUUCAAAUGCAAAUCGUUUCAAAGUGGAUACAUUGUAUUAUACAUUUAUAGACAUGUAGUUUAUGCUUGCUUUUGAGGAUUAUGUGUUUAAAUUUGGCUUAGUGCUGGCCUGUACCACUAUAUCAUAGGGGAGCAGCAAGCUUAAGCAGGAGCUGACUAGUUUAUACAUAGACUUGUAGAGGAUCUACAAAAUGACUUACCACAAAUGUUAGAAGACUGUAGCUUACACAUGUAUAUGCUUUCUUUGUCUUGGUUAGUAUUUGGCACAAGGUCUAAGGGGCCAGAAGAAAAGGAGCUGAACAUUGGAUAUAUACACAUGUCCUUGUUUUGAUGCAGUAUACUAUCAGGCAUUUGUUGCACAAGGUUUCUGACUAUGGUACAGAAAUGGAAGAGCUAGUAGUACGUGUUUGAAACUGUAGCCUACACCUACAUUGUACUUUAUACAGCAACAGUAUCUUUACAUAUUUUAUUCUGAAUUCCAAAGGUCAAUGUGGCUAAUAUUCCUGGCUUGGUAACAAUAUAGACGUAAAGUGUUCUGUACAACACAAUGCAAAAAGUUAAGCAAUGUUAAAUGCACAAUGCAAUGUUAAAGAGUCAAAUCACUAACAUGUGUACUGAGCAGUGUUGGUACAACGUUAACAAAUGCGAUGUUAUAUGCCUUGGUAUGAGAUUCUACGGCAAGAAUUGUCGAUGUUAUUAAACAAUACUUCCAGACUCACAAAUUUGGUGUUGUCUCAGUCUGCAGCCGUCUACUUACUAUACACUUCUAUUAAUAAGAACACCGUGUAAAAUACACGAACCCUGGUACAAAUAUGCAAAUGUCACUUCUGUACAUCUACCCCGAUUUUAUCAGG